GUUUGACUCUUUGCUUCGCUUGUUCGCGCCCCACGCAGCCAUGCGCCGCCGUAUCCGCGGCAUGUUGCUGUCAGGCCGGCAGUUCUCCCUGGACUCCAGGAUCGACCUGGUGCAAGGCACGGUGCACGGCACGGUGCAGGGCGUGCUUGCCGAGGAUCGGCCAGAGUUGGCGAGGCCAGAGCUGCCCCUCAUGAGGGAGGACUCGGUAGAGGCCAACCACGAGCACGACGGGCACAACUCGCACCAUCCCGGCCAGCAGCGCUCCCGCUCAGUGGACGAGGACACCCCAGAUGACAAGCAGGCCCCUACAUCCAUCAAGGUUCAGACGACUGCCCCCACAGCUGCACCUGUCGCCAAAUAAAUGAUAAGAAAACGUUAUUAUAAGGUUGUGCAUAAUAAAGGAAUAAAGGCUGUACGAGUGGAAACCUUCUCCGUGCAGGCCCUCUUUCAUUUACUUCAAAUUAAUGAGAAGUUUGAGCUGUAACUAGUAUUAAGCGCGCAAAUGUAGUCGAUUAGCGGUUUGGAUUUAUAAUUUUCAGACUCUCUCACAAUCAAAAAUCACCAUGUAAGGCUACUGCAAAAUUUUCUCAAAGGUUUGGGCCUUCUUUACCUUAUCUUCUUCACAAAAAGUUAAAAACAAACAAACGUUAGGUACGAAGUAAUUAUAAUAAAGAUGUGUCAUAGUAAGUUGGACACCAUAUUUUAAAAUAAAAUGCACAUUUGCAUUCUUUGCUUUCUUUACAUAAUAUGAACAUAUUUAGAUUAUAAGUACUAAGAUGGUCCUUACAUCUUAGACCUAGGUCUUCAAAUCCUUAUGCGACAUAUUAGCCUUUACCCUGACAUCACCUUUAAUUUUUUUCCUCUGAAUAUCUAGUUUGAUGGAACAAUAUAAAAAAAAAGACAAGCACACGAGUAAAUAAAAGUAAAACAUGUUUAUUUGAUUUUUGUGAUUGUUAAUUACAGCAAAUUUUUGCACCUUGAGACUGGACUACGAAAAGAGCACAAAUGACCACACCUAUAGAGCAUGCAAUAGGAGCUCGCCAACAAAUUUUAAAUCUAGCAUCACAUCAUUUAGCAAGAACAUUCCUGAACAUCCUCUGUAUUUUCGAUGUACAAAAUUUCAAAUAAAGAUGAAGAUUAUGA